UAGCAAUUUAUAAGGCGGUACGGAUGAUUUAUAAACACGAGCAUUGCCAAAUAAUAAGAUAUGUAUACAUAAGUAAUCUAUACGAUUUGAUUAAUUUUUAUAAUUUCAAUACUAAACUUUAUUCCUGCGCUUUAUUUUUUUAUAUCCUACAACAAAGUUCUUAUUUUAAUUUAUGUUAUUCAUAUCAAAUAUAAAUGUAUAUAGGAUAAUCAUUAACUAUAUUCAUAUAGCACAUGUUGCUAAGCAACUCUACCAUACACAAUACUAUCUACUGGCAUGCUGGCAAUCGUACAUUAAAUCUAAGACAAUGUAUGUUUAUUAUCUUUUUUAAUAAUUAAGUAUAAUUAACGGAAUGUUACUAAAGUACCUUGGGUCCUUGUUACCUUCACAGGAAGGCGAAAACAGAGUCGUAGCUAUAGUCUGGUCACCAAAUAAUUUAAAGCUAGCUGUUGCUUCUACAGAUCGUUCCAUAUAUCUCUUCGAUGAAAAGGGAGUCAAGAAGGACAGAUUUUCAACAAAACCAGUAGAUGCAAAGUUUGGCAAGAAGAGUUAUGUCAUUAAAGAUAUUGCUUUUUCACCUGAUUCCACAAAGAUUGCUGUUGGUCAAACCGACAAUAUAGUUUACGUAUAUAAAAUAGGCGAAGACUGGGGAGAAAAAAAGGUUAUCUGUAAUAAAUUUGGACAAAGUUCAGCAGUGACCUGCUUGAUAUGGCCAGCAGAAGGACCCAUCGUAGUGGGUCUUGCUGAUGGAAAAGUACGAGCUAGUUUACCAAAGGCCAACAAGGCUCACACUUUAUAUGCCUCUGAUGCCAUGACCAUUGCUCUUGCCACUAACAUCCGAGGUACUGGAUUCUUAUCUAGCCAUGCGGAUGGCAGUAUAAUACGCUACUACGUAGCGGACGAUAGUAGCGCGGAACCAUCCGGACGUGUGGUCACUCAUGGAGUUCCAGCUUAUGCUCUGGCGUGGCCACAAUCUCAUAUUCUUGCAGCAGGAUGCGACAAGAGGCUAACAUUUUAUGACUCUCGUGGGAAACUGGUGAAAACUUUUGAUUACAGUCGCGAGAUUGAAGAAAAGGAAAUGACGGUAGCCUGUUGUAGUCCUAGCGGACAAAGCGUAGCUGUCGGCUCCUGGGACAGAGUACGCAUCCUGGAUUGGAGUCCUAGACGCUCCGUCUGGGAAGAAUCCAACAUGCGCGCAUUACCUAAUCUAUAUACAGUUACAUCCUUGUCCUGGAGACGAGAUGGUUCCAGAUUGGUAAUUGGUGGACUGUGUGGUGCUGUGGAACAAUUUGAAACUGUUAUGAAGCGUGCUGUAGUAAGAGGAAGUCAUGAGGUAGCAUAUGUGGGUCCUAGCCAGGUCGUCGUUAAGCCAUUAAACAGUAGAAGUCGUCCCGUAGUGAUUAGAUCACAAACUGGGAGCGAGAUAGAGGAUGUCCGCGUCCUGGGACGUAAGGAUAAUCACAUAGUAGCUCGCACAGUAACAACUCUUCUGCUGAGUGACAUUGAAUUAAAUCUUCUCAGUGAGAUACCCUGGGAGGAUAAGGGUGGAAACGAAAAGUUCUUCUUCGAGUAUCCUGGUGUCUGUCUAAUCUUCUGCGCAGGAGAAUUGACGAUAGUUGAAUACGGUAAGAACGAGGUCCUGGGAUCUGUAAGGACAGAAGCUGUGAAUCCUCACGUAGUGAGCGUCAGAAUAAACGAAAGACAUGUGCCAGGAAUGGCGGAUAAUAAAAGACUGGCUUAUCUGCUGGACCCACGUACAGUUCGCAUAAUAGAUUUCCUUACCGGAGCCACCAUAAGCAUCAUCGGACACGACGCUAGAGUGGAUUGGUUAGAACUGAGUGAGACGGGUCAUAGACUUCUGUCGAGAGAUAAGAAAGGAAGACUUUGGCUAAGCGACGACCAGGGUGGUCGAACUUUGUUAUUGACAGGAACCAGUUUUGCAUCUUGGGUACCGGGAAGUGAUGUAGCUGUGGCACAGACAGGACAGACUCUUGCAGUCUGGUAUAACGUUGAUGCUCCAGAAGCAGCUACUCUGAUUUCCAUUCGCGGAGACGCUGUAGAUAUACUCCGUGAAAAUGGACAGACUUCUGUUAUGAUUGAUGAACCAGGGGGUCGUGUGGCGUACCUCCUAGACGAAGGACUGAUAGAAUUCGGAACUGCUUUGCAUGAUAACGACUUCGGUAGGGUCGUACUGUUUUUAGAGGAGCUCGGUGAUAGACCCCAGGCUGAAGCCAUGUGGGAGAAUGUGGCUAGAAAUGCCAUGGCUGCCAGACAACUCCUAAUUGCUGCCCGAUGUUAUGCUGCAUUGGGCGAUAUAGCAUGUUCCAAGUUUCUGAGGGACAUCGUCGAGACUGGAGAACAAUAUGCCAAGGAAACUGGUAGCGAAACUCUUGCGAAUCCAGAUUGCUGGGCCAAAAUGGCAAUACUCAAUGGAGAAUUAAAGACAGCUGAGGCUAUAUAUCUGGAGCAAAAUGAACUUGAUAAAGCACUGGACAUGUAUCAGAAAUACUGGCACUGGGAAGACGCUUUGGCUCUAGCACAAAAUCGAGGAUGGGUUGGAUUAGAUGAACUAAAAGACAAGCAUCUCUCUUGGCUUCUUGAAAGUGGACAAGCUGCGAGGGCUGCUGCCAUAAUAGAACCAGACAAUCCUAGACGAGCUGUUAAACUUUACCUGGAGGCUCGGCGUCCGGGUCGCGCUGCUCGCUUGGUCCUGGCAAAUAACGAACUGCUGGAAGAUGACUCAUUAGUCAGCGAUGUUAUAGGAAUACUUAAAGCUGCAGAUCUUAUGGAGCUGGCUGGAGAACUUUUGGAAAAGACUUCCGACGCUACUGGAGCUAUAAAGUGUUACGCGCAGGCAGGAAUCUUCGCCCGAGCUCUGGAACUGGCUAGGAAAGUAGAACCAAACUCGGUAGUAAGUCUUGAAAAGGAAUGGGGACAUCAUUUAGCAGCAACUGGACAUUACGACGCUGCGAUUAAUCAUUUCAUCGAAUCUGGUGAAACAGCCUUGGCUCUGAAUGCUGCGAUAAAUGCACAGCAAUGGCGGAAAGCUUUACAGAUAGUACAGGUGAUUGAGAACGAUGAUCCAGAGAUACAGAAGCAAUGCGCCAAAUUGGCAGAGUACUUUGCAUCUGUAGGAGACAAGGACAUGGCCGAAAAGUUAUUCCUACGAGCAGGCAAAGCACAACGUGCUAUCGAGGUCCACAUACAGUCUGGCAACUGGUCCAGAGCACAUGCUGUCGCCGUGGAACACAUGAACCCGGAUGAGGCAAACGAAGUCCUAGCUAAACAUGCAGAGACCCUUCAGCAAGCUGGUGAUCUACGCCAAGCAGAAGCUCUCUUCGUCGCUAUUGAGCAAUACGAUUCAGCUAUAGCAAUGUACAGAAAAGCUGGUCAUCGUAAUGAUAUGAUCAGGCUCGUCGCAAAGUACAGGCCUGACUUGCUUCAGGCAACUCACGCUCAUUUAGCCAGAGAACUUGAAGCUGCUGGUAAGCCACGCGAGGCUGAAGAGCAUUUUCUGGGUGCUGGGGAUUGGCGUGGAGCUGUUGCUUCUUACAGAUCAAACAACAUGUGGGAAGACGCCCUGAGAGUGGCCAAACAAUCUUCUGGAGACAAAGCAGCGCAGCAGGUUGCUUUAAUGUGGGCUCGCACCCUGGCUCCAGAAUUAGGAGCUAGAUUACUGAUACGUUUGAACUAUUUAGACUCAUGUUUGCAACUUGCUUGCGAAGCCAAUUUAUUUGAUUGGGCCUUGGAGAUUGUGAAGUACGGGACCUCUGAUCAGAAAAAGGAAGUGCACUAUAGGCACGCAAUGGCUCUUGAAGAUGAGGGUAAAUUUUCUGACGCCGAGAGAGAGUUCAUUCAGGCGGACAAAGCUGUGGAGGCUGUACAAAUGUAUAUACAUACGCGUGAAUGGGAAUCGGCUGAAGAAGUCGCACAGACACAUUGUCAAGAUGCGUUGCCCCAGGUCUUGAUAGCUAAAGCAGCGGAAGCUGCUGAGUCUCAGGAUUACGGACUCGCGGAGUCUCUUUUGCUCAGGGCGCAUAAACCAGAAAUCAUAGUCGAGCACUACAAGAAAGCGGGUAUGUGGUCAGAAGCGAUGCGGGUCUGUCGCGAAUAUUUACCUACUCAGGAGGCAGCACUGCGUCGAGAAUUAAGCCAACGAAAUUCAGGACUGGACGGUGGAACUCUGGAGGAGGCUCGAAGAUGGCUCGAAGUAGGAGAAGUUAGAGCUGCGCUCGACAUCCUGAUCCUGGAUCCACAAGCACCAAGAACGGCGCUUAUUCAAGCUGCGGAUAUUCUACUCCAUCAAGCCGAUCCUGAAACAGCUAUGCAAAUAGGUGGCGACUUGGGUGCACGUCUGUUCACCGUUGGGGAGCAUGCUCUUGCGGCUCAGGUAUUCCUACAAGCAGACAGACUAAAGGACGCCGUGAACGCCCUUGCAGCCGUUGGUGAAUGGGGUAGAGCCAAACGCAUAGUGCGAGAACUCGCCCCUGACCUAGAGCCCUACCUGGAGGAAAAGUAUAAGGAAUCCAUGAUAAAAGACGGUCAUGUAGAGAGAUUAGUAGAAGUGGAUGCUGGUGCAGCGCUAGAUAUACUAGCACGCAAGGGGCAAUGGAAACAGGUAUUCGAGGCAGCCAGUAACCAGAGUCCUGAACUCCUCCACAAGUACAUUGCACAACAUGCUGCGCAACUUCUGAAAUCAGGUACACCUUUGGAAGCACUCCGUCUCUACGUACAGUACGGUGCACCGACAAUUACACAAAAUUACAAUCUGUACUAUCGCCUCUCGGAGAUGGUGCUCAACUUCAAGGAAUCGUGCAACGACUACGGAUAUCUUAGUCAAUUGCGUACAAUGCUUCUUAGUUUGACUAAGAGUAUACCUUCAUCGGAGCAUGGUGACAGGUUCGAAAAGCUCCUCCGUGCUACACAUUACUCUUGUGUCAAAUGCGGAUGUAAACCAUUUCCUGCUUUGUCUAACCUGGUUAUGAAGACCUCGAUAUCCCUUCUGCGUUACACCGACAUCCUCGUGGCUGAUCGUUCUUACUACGAAGCUGGACUCGAAGCACGCUCUGCCGGUUUGAAUAGCGAAGCUUUUGUCUUCUUGAACCACUUCCUGGACCUGGAAGAAUGUAUAGAGGAAGGCGACGGUAGUCUCCUCGACGUAGACGACCUCAGAGUCACAGACUUUCCCUUAGAAGUACCACUUCCUACAAAUUUGAGCUUAUCUGCUGAAGAACGUGAAGAAGUUAGAGAAUGGGUAUUAACCAUUUCCAUGGAUAGGAGAGUAGAACAAGGUCUACCUGUAGAUCAGCGUGGAGUGUACAUAGGAUCAAUAACCAGCUCAUUGACUUCCUCCAAUCCUUUACCCGAAUGUGUCCUAACUGGAUAUCCCAUACGUGGUCCAGUUAUUCGAUUCGAAGGUAGUAGUGCCCGCGUGGCUGAUAGAGACAACUGGAAUAAACUAAUGAGUGCUGCUCGACACGCUCCCCAGGACUCGGCUUUGAACGACAUACUUGUCUUCGUGCAAGAAUGGUGCGGAAACGUUCCCAAUUAUUCCUUCUAAGAUGCAAUCCUUCUAGCACAUGCGUAUUACUAUAUAU